AUGCCGGAAACAUCUCCAAGAAGUUUACCUGAUACUACCCUACUAGAAAAUUCACAAAUUAUUGAUCUUAAAAAUGAAAUUGAUCAAUUAACUCUGCAACUGACCAGUGCACAUAAUGAAAUUAUGGAGUUAAACUUAGAAAAUACAAAUUUAAGAAAAACCCUAGAACAGUACCAGAAAAAAGAAAGUGUUUACAAGAAACUACUCGACAUUCUUUCUAAAAAACCCAGUUCUGAUCUUACUGUCCAAGAGAAGAAUGAAUGUUAUUUAGAAUCAAAAGAAAAAACUGUAACUAUCAAAACUAAAGUCAAAGACAAAAAUCAAAUUCUUAUUGUUGGUGACCAGCAAGCUUUAGGAAUGGCUUCAGCUUUAAUGAAAAUUCGGUCAAGCGGCGGCUACGGCAGUUCUGCAGACGGUUGGUCGGCGGUGGGCGCCGUGCCGCUGGCGGUUGCCUGCGGGCGGUGGGCUGCUGAGGUGGAGGGUAGUAUCGAGCCUGCGCCCGAGUUGCACGCGCCGCUCCCUGCCCGCUCGGUUGGGGGGGAGCGCUCCUGA